UGCUGAUCAAUUUUACCAAACCCUUAGAAGACAAAGCCAUGAAAUUCCCAGAAUGUCCUCUGACAAAGUACAAGGUGUUCAUAUCCAGAAAGAAGAUGGGAAGUCCAAGGGAUCUGUCAAGAAAUGGGAUUAUACCUUAGAUAGAGAAGAAAUAAGCGCCACGGAAACAAUUGAAGCAGCAGAUGACAGUAAAAAGAUGAUCACAUUCAAAAUUAUGGAUGGAGAAAUUAUGAAGGCUUUCAAGAACUUCAAGACAACUGCUCAAGCAAUACCAAAGGAAGAGGGCUGCCUGGUGAAGUGGAUUUUGGAAUAUGAGAAACGGAGUCAAAAUAUCCCAGAUCCAGUUGACUACAGGGAAUUGGCAACAAAGAUCUGCAGAGAUAUGGAUGGUCACCUUGCAGCAAAUUUUAAUUAAAUUAACAGUAAUGUUAUGUUUACAAAUUUGAUAUUUCAACUUUAGAUCCUAACUAAUGUGGCUAUUUGCCAGAUCAGUUGAGAUCGAAAGUUGGAAUCUCAACUCAAUUUAAUUUGUAUACAUAACGUUACUGGUAAUUUAUUAUCCUAGUAGUAUUUGUCUAUAAAUAAGUGCUUGGGGUUUUUCUUUUCUUAUUUCGGUUGAUUCAUCUUCAUGCAUAAUUUAUGCUUUCAAGACACAUAUGUAUGGUUCUGGGGUCGCUGCAAUUGCUACAAUAAAAUAUUAUUAUAUAUA